AGACCACUUAUCUUUAGAGGACAAGCAUGAGCUUGUCUUCUAACAGCACAAUAACAAACGUAUUUAUUCCUCCGUGCUUUCAAAGACAUCAACACAAGGGAAUCACUAAAAGUGUAGGGGAAAAGAAACCACUAGGCUGGAGCUUUGGUGUCUACGCAGAUCCUUCUGGAAAGGCGCUUAGGGAGAGUCUAGGGAGCAGCUCUGACGUCAGCGGCAGCCAUCGGAAGUCAGGUCUGUUCUACCAAAGCAGCGACGCACGCCCGGCAGCACCCGCGGCGCAGGAGGGCGCCAUCCCCAGCCCCGCGGGUCCGAAUCGCACGCGGCCGGGGCCGCUCUCCCGUGAGGAGAGCCCGGCGUGGACCGGCGUGACGGCCACAGCGUGCUGCGGCCUCUCCCCGGGGGCUCCUCCACAAGGACCCCUGCGGGGGCCGGGCUCGGCCGUUGCCGCUCGGGACAGCCAUCCCCUCGAAUUCGCGCUCGCAGUCCCUGCCUUCACGCCCCGGGUUGGGAAGCGGGCGACGGCGCGCGAGAUAAAGGAACUCGCAUUCCCCGGCGCCGAGGCGGCAGCAGCGCGGUGCACAGCGGCUUCUGAGCGCGGCGUCGACGGGGAGCUGCGUGCGGCUCCCUGUUUCCUGGUUACGUGCGCGCCGGCAGAGCCAAAACCUGCGGCCGAAACUCCCGCUUCUCCGGAAGGAUUAAAGGGCGGGCGCGCUACCAGGAGACGUGUCAAACUCAGCGCGCCUCAUGGCGGCCGCGGCACCCCUCCCGCCCGGGCUCCCGUCCGUCCCCGCCCACUGACUUACCCUGCGCACGCGCGCUGAGGCUCCGUGCGGCGGCCGCGGGCCCCGCCCCGAGGUGGGAGGGCCUGGCGCAUCCGCAGCUGGCCAAUCGGCGGAUGGCCUCGCGCGCCCGCCCCCGCCCCAUCCUGCCCCCGGCGCCGGGCUCCACGUGCCAGUGUUUGUGUACGUGCGGCCUCCGCGGGGCUGGACCGGGUCCAGGUGGUUGGGGAUUAGACUGCUCGGGCGCAACCGGAGCUGGGGCGCGGCUGCCAAGGGCCGGCCCGCAAGUCCCAGUGGUCUUUAAAUUCUCCCGUGCUGGGGCCGGCGCCGGUGCGCACUCUUACCUGCCGCGGUGCGGCGAGCGUCCCACCGCUCUGCGCUUCCAAGGACUCUUGUCAUCUGCCUUAGGCGGGAAAUGCUGUUGCUGGAUUGCAACCCCGAGGUGGAUGGUCUGAAGCAUUUGCUGGAGACAGGAGCCUCGGUCAACGCACCCCCGGAUCCCUGCGAGCAGUCGCCUGUCCACUUAGCCGCAGGAAGCGGCCUUGCUUGCUUUCUUCUCUGGCAGCUGCAAACGGGCGCUGACCUCAACCAACAGGAUGUUUUAGGAGAAGCUCCACUACACAAGGCAGCAAAAGUUGGAAGCCUGGAGUGCCUUAGCCUGCUUGUAGCCAGUGAUGCCCAAAUUGAUUUAUGUAAUAAGAACGGGCAAACAGCUGAAGAUCUCGCUUGGUCGUGUGGAUUUCCAGACUGUGCCAAGUUUCUUACAACAAUUAAAUGCAUGCAGACAAUAAAACCAAGUGACCACUCGGACAGGAAUGAUCGUGUUCCUGUGCUCAGACAGAAGCGAAGUUUUGGCAGUGUAGGAAAUAUCAGUGGGAAAAGGAAGUGUUGAUGUCACGUGGGUCAUGAAGAAGUCUGAAGAACGCCCUCAUUUCAUGCAGAUCUAUAAGUUCCUGCUUUUGGCUUUACCAUAUGUGUGUCUAAACUCCUUCUGAGAAGGAGGAAAAACUUUCUUCCAAGUGAAGAUCCAUUUAAGAACACAUGUAUUUACAUGCCUAUAACAUGCUGGUUGUGUAUGCUUUGUCUUUUAAGUUUUAUUAAAGGAAUGUCUAAAAAAUA